UAUUGUUGUUUUUCCACUCCUCGGAAACUUAACCGCGUUCGGGUGGGUGGCUAGUGGUAGUGUUUGGUUUUUUAUUGUUGUUCGUUCCGUCGCCGCGAAAAGUCAGAUUCCCCGGUCUGCUCUGCCAGAAAAAAGCACGCGACACUCUCGCCGGAAAGGAAAAGCGAAAACGGAAAGGAGAACCGAACAGCAACAGCAAAACAAAACGGAAAACACGAAAAGCGGUGCAAUGAAGGUCUGCUGCAUUGGCGCUGGAUAUGUUGGGGGUCCAACUUGCGCGGUUAUGGCGCUCAAGUGCCCCGAUAUCGUGAUAACCCUGGUGGACAAGAGCUCCGAGCGGAUUGCCCAGUGGAAUUCGGAUAAAUUGCCCAUUUACGAGCCCGGUCUGGAUGAAGUGGUGAAGAAGUGCCGCAAUGUGAAUCUCUUCUUCUCCACGGACAUCGAGACGGCCAUCAAGGAGGCGGACCUUAUCUUCAUCUCGGUGAACACGCCUACAAAAACAUGCGGCAAUGGCAAGGGUCGAGCGGCGGACCUCAAGUACGUGGAGAGUGCCGCCCGAAUGAUCGCCGAGAUCGCGCAGUCCAACAAGAUCGUGGUGGAGAAGAGCACGGUGCCCGUUCGAGCGGCGGAGAGCAUCAUGCACAUCCUGCGGGCGAACCAGAAACCCGGCAUCCACUACGACAUCCUGUCCAAUCCCGAGUUCCUGGCCGAGGGCACCGCCAUUAACGACCUCCUGAACGCGGAUCGCGUGCUAAUCGGCGGCGAGGAAACUCCGGAGGGUCAUCAGGCGGUGGAGAAGCUGUCGUGGAUCUACGAGCACUGGAUACCCAAGCAGAACAUCCUCACCACGAACACGUGGAGCAGUGAGCUCUCCAAACUGGCGGCAAAUGCUUUUCUGGCCCAGCGCAUCUCCAGCAUUAAUUCGUUGUCAGCAGUUUGCGAGGCAACUGGAGCAGAUGUUUCCGAGGUGGCGAGGGCCGUGGGCCUGGAUUCCCGCAUCGGUUCCAAGUUCCUGCAGGCCUCCGUGGGUUUCGGUGGCAGCUGCUUCCAGAAGGACAUCCUCAAUCUGAUCUACAUCUGCGAGAACCUCAAUCUGCCGGAGGUGGCUGCCUAUUGGCAGCAGGUGAUCGACAUGAACGAGUACCAAAAGCGGCGAUUCUCGCAGAAGAUCAUCGAGAGCUUAUUCAAUACCGUUUCGGACAAGAGGAUAGCCAUUUUGGGCUUCGCCUUCAAGAAGAACACGGGUGAUACCCGCGAAACAGCAGCCAUAACCGUGUGCCAAACGCUUUUGGAGGAGGGCGCCGCCCUGGAUAUUUACGAUCCCAAAGUGGAACCCGAGCAGAUCAUCGACGACCUCACGCAUCCGAGUGUCACGGAAUCCCCGGAGAAGGUGAAGAAGGCGGUGCAGAUCCACAGUGAUCCCUACAGUGCAGUUCGAGCCACCCAUGCCUUGGUCAUCUGCACGGAGUGGGAUGAGUUCGUGGAUCUGGACUUCAAGCGCAUCUACCAGUCGAUGAUGAAGCCGGCGUACAUCUUCGAUGGACGAAAGAUUCUCGAUCACGAGAGGUUGCAGCAGAUCGGUUUCCAUGUGCAGACCAUCGGCAAGAAGUACCAGCGCGCUGGAUUGCUCCGCUCCUGGGGAAUUGUGCCGCAGCUUUAGGCACGAAGGGAGACGGAGGUGGUGGCAUUUACACUUAAAGUUGGCGAAAUUUCCAGUAUUUGCGAGACUAAAUUGUAAAUAUCCGUAUCUGUUUCUGUAUCUUAGUGUGUCUUAGAUUGGGUCGGUUGCCAUUGGAAAUUAAAUACCUUAAAGUUAUUCUAUCAGUUUGACUCCAUUUAAGUUUAAAUUUAAUGAGAAAAAGUAUAUAAUAAUACAAUUUUAGAUUGACGUGGUCAUUUCCUAAGAAGUAACAUGAGAAAAUAAUCAAAAGCUAAAAUUUUAUUAACUUUAAUUACUAAUUUUGACUGUAUAUAAUUGGAAUUCAUUUAUCUGAAGAUUAAUCAUUACCAUUGAAUUUGAAAUUAUCUGUAGAUUAAUUUUUGCAUCAUACAUUUUUAAAGCUAUUCCAAUAUCGACCCAGUCUAAUGUGUGUUUUUAAAUAGUUAAAGUAUUGAGCUAGGCACGCCCGAGAGGGAAACCUCGAACCGUAUUUGUAUUCAUAUUCCUAUUCCUAUUCCCGUGCCGAUCCGCCACUCGUGGAUCGGUAGUUGCAAUAUAAGCCCCAGCAGGAAAAUCCUCUCCUGCGGUGGUACAAUAAAAACUAGCAUUUACACGAGAACAUGUAAAUUUUAUAAAAA